AUGCGCGUGGGAACCUUUCCGGUAGUUAUUCUGUUGUGGAUAACAUGCGUCAGGAGCCAAACGCGCCGCCUUUACUGGUCGACCGACUCAGAAUUCGGGAGCAAUGCACGUUCAUUUGGGCCAGAUGGGCCAUGGCCAGCGAUAGGACUAUCCGGCGAGCCAGGGUCUACUGAUGUCGAAAGCAUUUCCCACUUUCUCUGGCCGACAGGCGGAACCGACAGCAUGAUGAUUUCCGUGGAAGACGGCGGGACUUAUAACAGCAGCGCAACUGGAAGCACUGUGGUAUCAAAUUCCAGCAGCGUAACAUUCAAGAACGACUGGCCUCUCGGACUUGAAAAGAAUGCUCUGAGCAAAGUAUACCGCUACACCAUGAACCUCCUUUCACUUACGGGCAACACAACUAGUAACUUUUGGGCCGACAUGAGUUUCGAGAUAUGGGUUCCCGACUUGUUACCCACGGCGUACUCUAAUCUUUCGACUGAGGCCGCACGCAUCGGAACGCUUGCCUUAGGCGACGAUAGUACACCAUACGACUCCACCUCUGGUAGUGGCGUCUACAGCGUCACUGACGCACUCAAAGCGGAAAACUUCAUCGGCAAUGGUUCGUGGUUCAUGCAUAUGGGUAGCGUUGCAUUGGGUCAGCCACCGUCGUUGAUAAUGGGAGGUUAUGAAGAAAACCGUAUCUUAGGAGACGUAGCGACGUUUUUCCUGGACUGGACCCUUCCUCGAAUAUUCCUUGCCGAUGUUCUUCUCGAUUUCGAAACAGGAGGGUCGCCAUAUAACACGACUAUUGGAAGUGUGUGGAAAAGUGCCAACAUUGCCAACUCCGCCCGGAGUAUGGUCAGGCGGUUCAGUGGUCCUGCCGAGUCGGUCAUGAUACAUCCAAAUGCAGCUACCCCAUAUCUGUAUCUCCCCCCAGAGGUUUGCGAGGCUGCUGCAUCUCAUCUGCCCGUCCGCUGGGUGUCAGACAUCGGCCUGUACGUGUGGGAUUUCCAGGCGGAUCCGAUUGGAACAGCCCGGUUUGUCAACUCUCCGGCCUACAUGGCUUUCGUGUUCUCGGACGAAAAGUCAAAAAAAGUUACCAUCAAGAUCCCUUUCAGAUUACUGAAUCUUACUAUAGACCGCUUGCCCUCAAGAGAGAACUAUGUGAACUGUGAGGUGGAUUCUUACUGGCCCUGCAAGCCGUGGACCGAAUCGGACCUCGAUGCUUCGUUAUCACUGAGCCGAUAUACAUUAGGCCGAGCUUUUCUUCAAGGUGCCUUUACCGGAUUCAAUUAUGAUCGUGGGAUAUUCUACAUGGCACAGGCACCGGGGCCGGGAAUGGCAGAACGACACAUCGUCACAGAUGACACCUGGGACUUGCCGUCGCGGUCUGGAAAUACUUUUGCUGACACCUGGCGGGGACAUUGGACGGAAGUUGAAGCAGGAGCUGGAGGGACUGGAGGGGCUGGAGGGACAUCAGGCACACCUUCCGAGACCACCAGUGUCAACUCCACCUCCACGGACGGACUAGGAACAGGUGCAAUAGCGGGGAUUGCCGUCGCGGGGGGAGUUGCGAUGGUGGCUAUAAUAUGGUUCUUCUGUUGGCGGGCUCGGAGGAAGAGAAAUUCCGACGAAGAACACAGAACCGACAAGGGAAGCGGUGGUGGUUUGCAUGAUGCAGAUAUCUUCACUGGAGGCAAGGCUGAAAUGGAUGGAAAGGGGGUGCCAAUCUCAGAACUAGAGCACCAUGACCGGAAGUCCGCAUUGGGCGAGCAACAGCCUCAAGAGUUACCGUCGCCUUUCAACUCGCCCAUGAACAGCAUCCCUGGGUUUAGCGACAUGGUUUUUGAGUUACCUGACGGCAACUGGGUUUCCCAUGAGAAAGCAGAGAAGGCAAAGAAGGAAGAGAACAGGGGCGAAGAUGAGAGAUCAAAAUAA